AGAAAUACAAGUUCUGGAAUUAAUUGGAAUGCAUUUCCUAAUGUCAUUUAUUUAUCUGAUUUCAAUAGUAUGUGAAAGUUAUUGAUUGACCUGUUUUUAUAACAAUAUUUUUUAAUUGAAAGGCUGUGCUUUUUAAUCUCUUCAACUGCUGUUGUUCAGAAUUGAUGCUAAACCCACAUAGAGUCUUGUCUCUUUGUUUCCAAAGUCCUAGUGACUAGAACAACUCAUCUGGAGGUAUACAUUUCAUGAUUUUUUUCAAGAAAAAUAAUAAACCUUGUUUGCCAGGCAAAUGGAAAUUGUUCAAAGUUGGCAGUUGAUCCACUGAUAGCCUAUGUUGGAGUCUAUUAACAUCUGCUUUAUGCCAACACUUUGGGGGUAAUAAAGGAGAUACUAUUGUGAAGUAGACAACAUUUCAACAGAGGAGCAUGCACAAGUCCACUCAGAGGCAUUGGUUCACAUGAGUUCCUAACUUUGAAGAAGACAUCUCAGUACUGGAGCACACACAAGUCUACACUAAGGCAUUAGAUCAAUUAGGUGUCAAGUUCUAAAUAAAUCUCCACACUGGAUUUUGCACAAGUCUACACCAUUGGAUCACUUUGGUGUCCAACUGUAAAGAAAUCUCAAAACUGAAGCUUGCACAAGUCUACACCAAUGCAUUGGAUCCCUGAAAUGUCCAAUUCUCAAGACGACAUCUUAACACUAGAGUUUUCACAAGGCUACACCAAGGCAUUGGAUCAGUUGGGUGUCCAGCACUAAAGAAGACAACAUCUCAACAGUGGAGCUUGCACAAGUCCACACUGAGGCACUGAAUUUUCUGGGUUUCCAGCUAUUUUCCAACUUAUUUUGUGUAGUCCAAAUUUUGCACAUGUUCUUGAGAACCUUUCUGCUUUUAUGGUGCUGUGCAUUACUGGGUUCUAGACAGAUGUUGCGCCACCAGGGUUUAAUCAAGUGCCGCUGCCGCAUGUUCUUCAAUGACUUGAAAGUCUUCCUGCUUCGGCGCCCUCCUCCAUCCCCUAGCUUGCCCAUGACCACCUCACAAUGUGAUCUGGGCCCUGGGGGUGGCUUGGCAGCCAAUAAUAACACAUUGACAGCCUUGGGGAGACCAUGGAGGGCGCCAAUAGGUGGGACAACUCCAGAGGAGGACUGGAGUUGCCCAGCAACAGCCAUUGGACUUCAGCACCAGCCCAUGUCUAUGGUUGAUAGCACUUCAUCAGAUGAGUUCUGCAAAGGAAAAGCUGAAGAUAGAUACUCUGUUACCAGCAGUCUGGACAGUGGGAUGAGGACCCCUCUCUGUAGGAUCUGCUUCCAAGGAACUGAACAGGGGGAGCUCCUGAGUCCAUGCCGGUGUGAUGGAUCAGUCCGGUGUACCCACCAACCUUGUCUGGUUAAAUGGAUUAGCGAAAGAGGCUCCUGGAGCUGUGAACUUUGCUACUACAAGUAUCAUGUUAUCUCAAUAAGCACAAACAAUCCUCUUCAGGUAAAGUGGCAAGCCAUCUCCCUGACUGUCAUCGAGAAAGUGCAGAUCGCAGCCGCCAUCUUGGGCUCCCUCUUCCUCAUCGCCAGCAUUUCUUGGCUUAUCUGGUCUACAUUCAGCCCCUCAGCAAAAUGGCAGCGGCAGGAUCUGCUCUUCCAGAUCUGCUACGGCAUGUAUGGGUUUAUGGAUAUUGUCUGCAUAGGUUUGAUAAUCCACGAAGGUCCUUCAGUUUUCCGGAUCUUUAAACGGUGGCAAGCCGUCAAUCAACAAUGGAAAGUUCUGAACUAUGACAAGUCUAAAGAUUUGGAGGACCAGAAAUUAGGAUCUAGCCAACGGACAAACCAACGAAGCUCCUUUCAGACUAAUAACUCUUCCUCCAAUGGUGGCUUAGCAAAUAACGCCACUGCAUCAGAUAGCGUUAACAAUAACAGCGUCCAAGCUGCCAUUCCAUCUCACCAUCACUGUGCUUACACUAUCUUCCACAUCCUCAGCCAUCUUAGACCACAUGAACAGAGAAGCCAAACUAGCACAAACAGAGAGUUUGUAAUGAGAGUAACAACUGUUUGAGAAAUCCAGAAUCCCUUAUUUAAACAGGAGUGGAGGUGAGAACCUGGUGCGUGCCUUUUCCUCGACAAGCAAGACCUCGCAUGGACCUUCUUGACAGAAGAAGACUUCACCGAGGCUGCUCAAGCUAAUAGGAUAUGGUCUGUGGUUAAUCUAAAAGUGCAAUACUUACUGGAUACCAAGCUAAGACUUUGACGCAUGAUAGAGUCAAUCACCUAUAGAGGAAGCAAUUAUGGUGCACAAAUGCAUAGGGAGGGGAAUACAGUGAUGCACAAAACGCGUAAGGGAGGUAGCGGUCCCUUGUAACCAAUAGGAUCUGUCAACCGUUUUAAAAGGCUGAGAAAAAAAUAAGUCAGUAUUUUUUACUUUUCUUGUUCAGUUUAAAGCAAAAAAAUAAAAUAAAAAAAAUCCACGCACAAUGGUUAAUCUGUUAACUAAUUCUAAAAAUGAUUUGGGGUUAGACUGCGGAGAAUCAGUGUUCUAUUUUGUUUAAUCCUACGAUGGCUCCUAAAUCUUGCUGAAGUUGUCAAUCAUUGUUAAUCUCCCACCCCAAAGUCCACCAAGGACUAGAUAUUUAAAUUGUGUUUGCUAUAUGACCCCCAGAAUCCAUCAGGUUGUAGAGAUUUUAACUUUCCACGUUCCCUGACACUCAUCAUGAGGGCUGUUGAAAUGUAUCAAGCUGUAACGAUGCCCUAAUGAUCUAUCCCUGGUUUAAUUAGUCAUGAAAGCAUUGCAUUUGUGUAUCUGGCUUUCUACUUUCAAAUUAUCUGAGUUUGGUUGCCCCAGCGGCCAUAAUGAUUAUUCCCCGCAAUCUCAGUUAGAAUACAUUUUCUGUGUCCUGUAUAGUCGAUUACUCCUGAGUUUGAUUGAAGCAGAGUUCGUGAAAGUUUAUAAAGAGAUCAGUUGAUCUUGUCAAUGUUAAUUUCAGCCCUGCCUGGCAAAACAUAAGGAUUCCAGUAUAAACGCAGAAUGGGAUUUAGCAAAUUCUGUGUGAGUUGAGCUCCCAUAAUUGAGAAUUUUUCAAAAAAAUAAUACAU